UUUUCGAGAUUAGUAUUUGCAAGUAUUCGUUGCCCUGCCAUACAUAUGUAUGUGUAUGUAAAUUUAAAGUGUGCUUGAGCAGGAGGGCCAAUAGGUAUACUAUAUCAAAAGGAGCAAUAUCAGAUUGUACCCGGGGCUUUCUUUUGUUUGAAUGAUUUGUGUAGUGAAACGUGCAAAUGAAGCUAAGUUUUAUAUUUUGAUUCAUUGUGAAUAGGGCUUGAUGUUUUUUUGUAAACGACAGUGAGACAAUCUCAAUUUUCGGUUUAUUCAUAUAUAUUGAAGUGCAGGAAAAUAGAGGCGGUAGCCAUUUUGUAAAUGUGCCGAUUCCUUUUUGUUUGGAUAGCAACCACAUCAGAUACAUUUGUACCAUGAAUAUGUACAUAAAAUGUUAAGGUGGACAAGAUGAAAACUGAAAAAGUGAACUAAUAUGUACCUAUUAUUAUAAUAUGCUAAUAAUAAAAAUAAGCGGAAAGUAGUGUAUAUUUGUAUUUAAAUUCGGUAUAAGUAUUAAAUUUGUUACAGCGUACAGCUUUUUUUUUCUUUAUUAUCCGCCACAUAAUUGUACGUUUGGCUAUUCAUUGUUGACUCUUAUAGGCAUGGAAUACGGCCUAUACAUACAUACAUAUAUAUAUUGUGCUUCACAUACCCAUCGUAGUGUGAAUAUAAUUCUAAUUGAAAAUUUGGUUAAUUUAUUCCCCAUUUCCACAUUUUCAACCUCGAAAUUGUUUCCCAAUAAUACAGGGUGCACCAUCUUUUAUGGCGAUUAUUUUCGUGGAAAGAAUGUAUAGUAAAGUAUUUAAAUUUCAUACUUUGGCUGGUAGCACUACUCAGGUAUUUGGGCCAUUUCCCAUACGAACUGAAAUACCAGGGAAGAUGGUCUGAUACGUUGUUAUAUGAUUAUGCCUCUAAGUAAUCGGAUGAGUUAGUUAAGUAUUAUGAGUGUCAUCUACAAAUGAAGCGACUUUCUGGAUUCAUUAUUACCAAGCAAACAAAUUAGAUAAAUCGAAAAGCGAAAACCGGUAUACGGACAGUAAUUGUUAUGACGGGAAGUAUGCUAUUAAAUGCACGAAAACUUGGAGUAAAAGCAAAUAGAACGGAAGUUUCCAAAACAUCUACGGAUACUUAUAAACAUUGCAAUUGUUUCUGUGAUAAUCCAAGACAUCUAACCUUGCCGUUAAAUCCACUAAUAUUGCAUAAAAGUAAGAGAGAUACACUACAUGAUAAAUGGCAGCGAUCAAUUCAGCGGCACUUUGGGACUAUCAGCUCAUAUGUGACACACAAUUUUCUUUGUUGUCUAAGAAAAACCACAAAAAAAAGUAUCAGUACUGCCGAAUGGACACAACAUGAAGAGAGUGGCACUAAUAACCCUGAAGUACUGCACAACUAUCAAAUUUUCAAACUCUCGACAGAGUCAACUAAAGCAUGUAAUAAAAACGCAAAAUCAAAUCGUUUUGACGAAAGCAGUAGCUACAAUAGGUUUCACAGAUUUGAGACUUCAAUACAAAAUGAUAGUAUCGAUGCAAAUAACCACAUUUGUGCCAGCGAAUUGUCUUCAGGUGAUUUUCACUUAAUUUUAUAUGUUUCGUCUAUUUUGGGUAAAGCUACAUGCAGCAGCAAUGAAUCUGCCAUCAUUAGCAGUGUAAAGUCAAAAAAAAAACGCAGGCUCACCUCCCAAAUGCACAUAAAUUCGAUUCAGUAUAUAAUCUUAAUAUUGCUAUUGUCACUGUCACAAGUUCGUUGGACCAACUCUUUACUCCUUUUUGAACCAAAAUAUCAUAGAAUUACUGAUGGUGACUUCGUUUCUGUUGGUGUCAAUAAUAAAUCACAUAUAAAUGCUAACAUUGCGGGUGGUAGCAAUAAUUCGAUUGGGACGAAAGCGUCGUCUGGGAUGAUAGAUACUGGUGGCGAUGAUUCAGGGGUUAAUGGGGGAGCGUCACCCGUCGCCAAUGGUUACAUGGAUAAGAUGUACAAUUUAGAACGAAGUGUUGCAGCUGUUCUUAUAAAAGUUGCGUAUGGAACAACGUCAACAACUAAGCGUAGUAUUCCAGACAGUAGUCACGUUCCAAAAUUAACAACUAUUGCCACUCCACUCUUGACAACUCUACGGUAUGCCGAAAAGUCCUCGCACCAGCAACAAAUAAACCUUCAUCAUCGAAACUACGAAUUAGAUUUGGAACGUGACCAUGCCUUGCCUACGUCGGCGCCGAACGCCGAUAUAUUAAAAAGUAAUAGUAACCCAACGUAUCCGAAUCCGAACAGGCAUCACAAUCAUGAACGACAUUGGCAUAUAAUGAAUUCCACGCCUUUACCUUCAUCACCGAAUAUCCUGAAGAAAAAUAAUGGUCAAUUGCCCACAAUAUCCAUGUACCCCGGUGACAUUCCUUCAUAUUCGCCACCAGCCCGUUCAUUUUUUACACCACCUUUACCACCAGAAUAUCAGAAUCCAUUUGCGGAUAAACCAACAUUACGCGGCACAAAUAAUGAGGGCGUUCUUUCUAACACAGAUUUAGCAGCAUCAACUGGCGGUAGCUCCGAAGAUGGAUUGAUCCCCGUUGUGUCCACUGCUGAUAGUGGUGGCGCUACCAACAUACCUCUUGUUCCAAUUACGGAACCAGAUCGUAAAAAAGCUCUAAACACUCCUUCGCAAAGCAGCGGCGGUUAUGGUACACCGAAUGCCGGCACUUCCAAUGUUGGUAAUAGUAAAAAUGUUUAUGAUAGCGCUGGUUCACAAGAGGUUCCAUUGCAAAUUGGCAAAUCGCCGCAACAACACCGCACAAAACAGGAAGUUUUGCCAAGCAUAAUUCGAAUUUUAAGUGGCUCCAAUGGUAAUAAAGGUGAAAUACCAGAGGUACUCCUAAAACAGGCCACUACUCAUCCGUUUCAUGAUCACAGUCAACCACCAUCGUCACCAGUAAUGCUUUUAGAUGGGGGUAAUACGGCCCAACAAGUUGAAAGUAGUGAAGAUAGCGAAAUGUCAGGUGGCUCAAAUAUAAACCAAAGCAAAACCAGUCUCGCUGAGAGUAGCGGAUCGGAAAUAUAUGAUGCGAAAAGGAUUGAAACAGCUCAAAAUAAAUCGUCCGGCAAGCCGAAUUCCUACGGUAACCACUCAUAUGGUGGAACAAAUGGCAGUAAAAUGAGCACUCAAGGUAGCAGCUCUACUCCGGCAACAGGAAUUGCAACAGACGAGGAACUGGGAACGGUUGCAGGAGCUUCUUCUGUCAUCUCAACGUCAUCAACAGUGAGAAGUGCGACUAUAGCUAAGAGUACUACUUUGUCAGCAACAGUUGCCAGCGGAAAUAUCGGCAGUGGUUCUAGAUCCUCGAUAUCGUCUUCAACAGCUGCUGCCGCAUCCUCACAGUCUACCUGGGAUGUUGCAUGGAACAUUCAUGUUUACUUUUCGGUUGUAUUGUUCACAAUUUUGGCAGUUUACUCCUUAUAUAAAGUGCUCACUUAUAAUAAGUUGACACAUCUUUUUUCACAAUCAUAUUUCUUGUGCAUUCAUCUAGUUUUGAUUGUGACAUGUUCAACACGAAUUUUUUAUUUGUGUUAUGAUGCCUACAAUAUUCAUGCUACAUUCAAUUUGUUCGUUUCUGAGUUAUUACUUAACCUACCGGCAACGUUAUUGACCAUUUCUUUUUCAAUACUCAUAUUAUAUCUAUUUGUGAAAGCAUUGAACCAUAAAAACAAUCGAUACUCGGCACUCAUACGCCCCCUAACCGUUGUGGUGGGCUGUGGUGUGCACGUGGUGCUCUGCAUUACACUGCAUUAUGUCGAAUCGUACACCCUACAAAAUCAACAACAGCAGCACUUGUUAUACCAACAACAACAGCAACAGCUUCUUUAUCGGCGGCAACAGCAACAACAGUUUUUGCACCAACUCCAGCAGAAGCAAUUCAUUGCUGCAGAAUCAACUAAUUUGUUAGCGUUAGCAACUGUCGACAAGGCAAAUUCUGCUCUUCUGCUGCAAUCCGCUGCGGCGACGACAUCUAGUUUGGUAAGUGGUGCGUCACCGCCAAGAGUUCUUUCACUAAUAUGUCAGAUAAUUUACAUAUUUGUGUGUAUGUUUCUUGGGUUGUUGUACCUUUAUUUGUAUCGUGUUUUGAAACGAAUACUUCGCAGUAAAUCUCAGAAUUAUAUACACGGAUAUCAGAAUCUAUCAUAUGCUAUACAUGUCACUAUAGCAACUGCUUUACUGUUUGUUCUCCUCGCUGCUUUGCAAAUAUUUGGCGCCAUUAGCAUAUCCACCACGCGACCUCUUAUACAGCAAUUAACUGCAGAGAUUGAUUGGUUGCAAUGGGGUUAUCAGUUCUCUUUGCGGUUGAUAGAAAUUGCCAUAAUUACAUUACUUUCGUGGGUUGCCGGUUUGAAGACUAGCGGGGGCAGUAGUAGUGGAGCAGCUACUACUUUAGCAGCUAAUGGCAAUGCGCGUUAUGGCGUAGCCAGUGCAAAUGGAGGUGGUAAUGUAUUUGACAAUGAUACAGUUAAUCGGGAGAAAUUUACGCACCAUCACUUUCACCACAAUCAUUCAAAUGUGACUGGUUUCUUUUUGCCGUGUACGUCCAGCUCUAGCCAAGAGCAGUUUGACACAGACUAUCCAGCCGUGUGUAAUGCAAAUACAAAUCUUCAUACGUACACAAUGCGCACUGGUAAACUAAUAUACGACGAUAGUUAUGCACUGAAUUCUCUUUCACGUAACGGAAAAUCGCAACGGACGGGAUUAGGUAACAGCGUAAUUUCCACUAGUUCAGCUAGCACACGUGUUGCAGGUGAAUUUCAGUUGCAAACACACCCAACAUAUCAGCGACCAUACGAUUCAGGGUCCCUCAAUAGUGCCGUGGCGAAGCAUAAUGCUAGCGAGUACGGCACGCGGAGAACACUGGCUAGUGGCGGCGGACGUUAUUGUCAUGAUGUACCCCAAUAUGCAGAUUACUUAAUGGAUGCUACCACCGAUCACUAUGAAAAUCCGAAUUUUGAUCUUUGUGGUUCUGGGUUUUGUAUAGACUCGGAGAAUCCAAAUGGAGCAAAAAAAUUUACAAAAACUUCAACUACUUCGACAACGGCUAGUAGUAGUGGUGGGUCAGGUUCUUCUGCAGCAUCACAAAAGCAGAUGUUACUCCUGCAGAAUGACAAUUGUUAUUCAGAACCUUUACAACCUUCUCACACAUCCACUUGCAAUUUCAGUAAUCUUGAAAGACCACACUUGGGAGGCGGUGAAUCUGGAUACCCAUCGGAUUGUUGGUCAGAGUCUCAUGCUGGUCAGCCCCAUUCUCAGUUUGCCGAUAGUCACAAGAGUAAACGAGAAAAAAAGAUUCAUACAACUCUAGACCGCAGUGCUUACGAGAAGCCAGAGCGGCGUAGUUCGAAUUCUACGCAUUCCUGUGCAUCUAGCACAGGUCGCUAUGGUGGUUACAAUUCCUUCGACCGGGGCAUCUACAACGGGGUUCGAAAAAGUGGCACAUUAAACAAUAUUGUUGUUAGUGGUAAUGGUGGCGGUCACGUGGCCGGGGUAGGCAUUAUGCAUGGUCGAAAUUCGUCCUCAUCUUCAGCUACUUCAUCGAAUGUUUCAACUCAACGUGCAUCUGCUUCACAGACGUUAGCUCAAGCGUCAGAACGGCCCCAUCAACAACAGCAAGUUGGUGUUCGGGGAAACAACAUAAGUUUAACAAGUGAACAAGAUCGUGACCAUGACCGCGAUCGUGAAGACGAGCACCUGUUUAAACGUUCAUCUCUUGAUCGAAGCAAUACCCAGCAGCAGAACUACCCGCAGCUCAAGCAGAAAAACCCCGAUGAUGACAUGAUGUUAUCAGGUUGUAAUGUAGAGCGCACUAAUUUAAUCAGUAAUGAAGAUGGUUCUUGUAUUACGACUAGUAGCAAUACUUCAUCUAUUUGCGGAGGCCGCAGCCAACUGAAUGAUACCAAUGCCGCAAACCCUAAUACAGAAAACUACUUGUUCGGUAACACCCAUUUAAAAAAUAACAUACAUUCCACUUCCAGCUCUUAUAACACAUCUGUUAGCUCGAUGAUUGCCUCAGAAAAUGCUGGCAACCGUGGCAAUGAUACUGCAAUGAUUGUCGCCGAACACGGGUUUGUACGCUUUCGUGCUAUUGACGACAUGAACAAUGCACAGGGUAUAGGUAUACAUAACGCCUCGGUUCGCAACUAAAGUCAUAGAUGAAAUUCCGUCGCUAUUAGUUUUAAGUUACUUGUUGCAUAUGUAAUAAGGCAAUCUUUUAAUGAUAAUGGUUUUGGGAAAUAAAUUUUAAGUAAUAAGGCUUAGGUAGAUGUGUAUAAUUUUUCUUCUCAUACUUAUUAUUAAGCUUUAUAUGUUCUCAAAAUAAGUCAAAAUCACGAAUUCCGUAGUAAAGAAUGAACUAAGUUACUGACGGCUUAUACAUUACUAAUUAUGAUAGCCCUAAAACCACAUUAUUUCAUUCGUUGCAACAUGAUCGAAAGCAAAAAAAAAACUAUUUGUUAAACAAGUCUGGUAUGUAGAAACAGUUGUAGGGUAUGUUCGCUUCACUCAAUAAUUCCAAGAAUAUUGGGAUCAUAUUACUUUUUUGAUGGCCUAUUGCUGAUCAAAUAUGAUUAGCUGUCGCAGUAUUGCAUUAGUUAUUUCCCGUCGAACGUGUUUUUUAUUUGAACCAAUAACUUCGUUUCAUCUGAAAUCUAUUUUAUGCCAAAACUAAUAAAUGGGCAAUUUUCAACUUCAAAAUAUUAUAGUAUUUUUUAAAUAAAAAGGUGAUUCUCUGAGUUUUAUAUCAUUUUGUAAUAUAUGUAUUGUUUUUUUUUGUAUCGGGUGCAUUUUUGGGAAAACUGCCACUUAAUGACAUUUUAAAAUAGGUUAAUAUAGGAACCGAAAAAAAAUGCAUCAAUGUGCAAGAAUUAAAUAGAAUUUUUGUACUUUUAGCAAAUAUUUUUUUAUUGAACUAAAAAGCGACAUAUUGUACAUAACAAAUCAAUGUAAGAAAUGGAAGCGACUUGUUUCUUUUCUACAUUGUUUGGGAUAAGUGUACGAGUAAUUAAACAAGUGUGAGAUCUAUGUAUAUUUACUUUUGCUUUUUGUAUUAUUUAUAAAAUAUAAUUUUUUUAAGUCGAAUUUCUUCGUGGAAGUCGGGCAUAAUGUUAAAAGGGUUAGAUAUAUACUUAUAAAUACAACCCUCUUCUUAAAAAUCCAUUUUCUAUUGGUUUCACUUCUCUUAAGUAUUUACCAAUCACUUCAAUUUAUUCAUUUCAAAAUACUUUACUCAUUAGGGCUUUCUAACGAAAGGAACUACUUCUUCGAGGGCAUUGUAAAUCAAAUUCGAAAGUAUAGUGGAGUUAAUUAACAUAAAAGUUGUAUAUUAGAAUAUUUUGCUAUUUGAUUGUACCAUAUCUUGUGAAUAAAAAGAGUGUUAACUUCCGUUCAUCAAACAAUAUUAAAAAAAGGCCACUACGGUUGUCAUAGUUAAACUUACGCAAUUUAGCAUAAAAAUACUUCAUAAUUUAUUAACGCAACCCUUCAAAAAUAAGUGAAAACCUACAAAAUAUGUAAGCACUCUAAAAGCUCCAAUUACAUUCAUUCACAGUACAUUUAUAAAAACAUGAAUGAAACCAGAAAUAGGGAUGAGAUUUGAAUAUUCAUUUAAAGUGUUAUUGUUAAUCUAAAAAAAAAAAAAACAAAAAAAAAUAAUAAUAAUAAUAAUAAUGACGCCCCUAAAAUAAUAAUAAGACAAAUAUCACAAAUACAUAUUGUAAUAUUGUGUACAUGUGGAUGUAGUUAGACAAACUUCCAUACAUAGCUAGUGCUACUCGUAUGAUAUGACGACGAAAUUUUGCAAUUUACCAGGCUAAAUAAAGUUUUCGGUGGUUUCCACUUUGUGUUUGUUUUUUAAGUUGAAUAAGUUCAAUGUAGAUGAAUUUAUUAUUUCGGUUAUACAAUAUCUGUGCCGAUGCAUGGUAAAGGCAGUAACAAUAGUAUUAUGAAAAGGAAAAUGAACAAAGAAGAUAAAAUUGGAACUGAUUAAUUAAGGGGUUUAAAUUGCUUUGCCGCAUGUAAUAUAGAAAACUCUAAUUUACAGAGAUCUGCAUAUACGCCUUCUGGGACAUUUAUUAUUGAUUUUUUUUAUUAGAGAUAUGCACAUGUGAAUAUAAGAUUUAAAAUUAAUAUAACCUUAGUGUACUGCAUGUAUAAUAUACCUACAUGUUUAUAAAUUCAGAUUUCAAUUAUCUUUAAUUGUAAAUUUAGUUAAUAGCUUAUUUUGAAUGAACAUAAAAUAAUUAGUAGCGCUACAUAUUUGCAAACAUUAUCAUUAAGUGACCAAGCUUCGAUCAGCCAAGCAAAAAAAAAUCUCAAAAAUAUUUAAAUAAUUUUAUAUAAAUAAAUACGAAAUAAAAUUCCUUAAUUAUA